AUGCCUUCUGGUUUUUUUUUACUGCAACGUUUCUUUUUACGUAUUGAUGGUGGACUGUUACGGGUGUACGACACACGACUACAAUGGCGUCGAAAUGACAGCUUCCUAAUUCGGGAUGUACGUCGAGCGGAGACUUCAUCUUGGAGAGCAGAUAUGGCUGGAGUUAAUUUAGAAACGGCAGACCAAUUAUGUGACACUUUAAUUGAACACUAUACAGAAAAGCUUGUACCAUCAAGUUUAAAUUUAUCUUAAAAAAGUACCAGUUGUAUAUUUUACAUGAUUUUUGUAU